UAAUGCAUGUAGGCUUAAAUCACGUCCCAAAACAACAACGCAAUCCCGGUUCUAUUUCUCAAAGCGCCAAGCUCAACGUUUACUUUCCAUCCUCCAUGCCCAACGUGUGGGUUUCGGAUUCGGGUAUUUCCCUUCUUCAACCUGUUCACGGGGAGCUCUUCUGUAUUUGAGGUGAUCGGAUUUGAAUGAAACUUGGAAUCCGAUGAAAAUGGAUGGUUCUCUGGGGAACAUUGAUGACCUGGCCCAGGAGUAUUCAGAGUACUACAACACCUCACUCAGUGACGUAAGCGACCGCAUGGAGGAGCUACGCAAGAGACGUGUGUCCCAGGACCUCGACAUGGAGAACGCUGACACAAGCUCCACCUCCCUGCAGCUUCGCUCAGAGAUCCAAGAGUCCCUUGGCUUCAGCAGUGAGGUGUCCACUCCAGAGACAGAGAGAAAAAUGUCUCUGCAGAAGUCCAGCUCUGAAGACGGAGGUAAAUGGGACAAUAAGAAGAAGAACAAAUCCUUCUGGCAGAACUUUCGCAAGACGUCGCAGAAGGGAGUCAUGCGGCAGACUUCGAAAGGAGAGGACAUAGGCUAUGUGGCCAGUGAGAUCACCAUGAGUGACGAAGAACGCAUCCAGCUGAUGAUGAUGGUGAAGGAGAAGAUGAUCACUGUUGAAGAGGCUUUAGCUCGGCUGAAGGAGUAUGAGACCCACAGCAGACAGUCCAGCAGUACUGACACUGCAGAGUGGACUGACGGAUCCAGUCCCAAUCUAAACCAGUCCUCUAACUGCAACUCUCGGGAGCAGUCUGAUGAUGAGCAGUCAGAGGACUCUGUGAAGUUCAGACGGCUCCACAAGCUGGUCAACUCUACCCGCCGCGUCAGGAAGAAACUCAUCAAGGUGGAAGAGGGGAAGAGACCCAUCUCCGAAGAUUCUUUGAGACUGGAGGUGUCUUCUACCUGUGAGGACAACGCAGCCCUGUACACAGGGGUCCUGAAGAAGUCCAACCUGCCCCAGGAUGCUUCCCUGUCCUCCCUGACCCAGGACCAGCUCUCUCUGGACGGGGACACAGACAGCCUGACCACCUCCCCUUCCUCCAGCAGCCUGGACACCACCUGGUCCGGACACAAGCUGGUCAAGACCUUUUCUAAGUCCAGCAGCACCCACGGCCUCAUCCGACCCCCCAGGAGAGUCCCUGCUGGGUCUGGGCGUCUGGGGGCCGUCGGGGUGGAAGGUAGUGGAUCCUCCUUCUCGGAGCUGGACGGCUGUGGAGCCGAGGAAGAAGAGAAGGUGUCGUGCUCCAUGACGGAGGGCGAGAUGAGGAAAGCCAUGACCUCUCUCUCCCACGGGAGGACGUGUAGUUUCGGAGGGUUUGACCUGUCCAACAGGUCACUCCAUGUGGUCAGCGCAGGCUCAGAGCCCAAUAGUAAGUAUCCAGAGGCUAUAUACCGGGAGGUAGUCAAGUCUCCCGCGACAUCUCGUAUCUCUCUGGGGAAGAAGGUCAAGUCUGUAAAAGAGACCAUGAGGAAACGCAUGUCCAAGAAGUACAGCAGCUCACUGUCUGAACAGUCGAGCGCAGAUGGUGCUCCCAGCUCCCCCCAGUCCCCCCAGCCAGACACAGAUUCUCUGGAGAAACCCAAACUCAAGGCUGGAGGAUCAGUGGAGAGCCUCCGGAGCUCCCUCAGCGGACAGAGCUCCAUGAGUGGUCAGACGGUCAGCACCACAGACUCGUCAGCCAGUAACAGAGAGAGUGUCAAGUCUGAGGAUGGAGACGACGAGGAGCCUCCCUACAGAGGGCCCUUCUGUGGCAGAGCACGAGUACACGCUGACUUCACCCCUAGCCCCUACGAUUCAGAUUCCCUCAAACUAAAGAGAGGGGAUGUGAUUGACAUCAUCAGUAAGCCCCCCAUGGGGACGUGGAUGGGUCUGCUCAACAACAAGGUGGGCACCUUUAAGUUCAUCUACGUGGACGUGCUGAGUGAGGAGGAGGAGAAGCCCAAGAGACCCGUCAGAAGGAAGAGGAAGGGCAGACCUCCCAAACCCACCUCUGUAGAGGAGCUGCUCGAACGCAUCAACCUCAAGGAGCACAUGCCUACCUUCUUGUUUAACGGCUAUGAGGACCUGGACACCUUCAAGCUGUUGGAGGAGGAGGAUCUAGAUGAGCUCAACAUCAGAGACCCUCAACACAGAGCUGUGUUGCUCACCGCCGUGGAGCUACUGCAGGAGUAUGACAGCAGCAGUGAACCGGAGCGUAGCGGCCUGUCAGGCUCUCAGGAGAAGCUGCUGUCAGAGGGCCACGGCCUGGUGGGCGACUCGCCACGUGACUCUGGCUGCUACGAAAGCAAUGAGAACCUGGAGAAUGGCAAGAGCAGAAAGACAUCUCGCUCCAACCGCUCCUCUGUGGGCCUCCAGUCCCCAGACUACCCCACCCUGCCCAUGACCCAGUCCACUGAGGCCCUGCAGCAGAGCAAGAUGGAGCGCACAGUCAACUUCACCAAGCACUUCUUCCUCAAGCCCACCUUGAGGGGCUUGAGCAUGCUGGGGCUGAGGAAGGGCCCCCGCCGGACCCCCAUGCCAGCCAGUCUCAGCUGUGAGGACCUGGACGGGCCAAUGGAGGCCACCGGCCCCCAGGCCUGGAAGAGAUCCCACUCCCUGGGGGACCUCCACUGGGAACAGGGCUUCGACCAGACGAAGGACCACAGCCUGGAACCCAAGCCCGCUAAUGGUGGCUCCGAGUUGGACACCACCAGCCCAGUGAAGGGCCUCCAGGCUCAUGGAGAUAGGGGUUCCCCACCGGCUCAGAAUGCGGGGAUUGCUGUGAGCCCUAAAGGGCAUUCUGACCUCCUCCCUGUGCUCUCCCAGCUGCCCCUCAGACCACCCUGUUCCAUUGCCUUGCUUCCCCAGCCCCAGAAAAGCCUGCCCAACCUGAUCUCCAGCCCUCCCGAAACUCAGCUGGGGGAGAGGAGCAUCUGGACUCACCCCAAAAAGCCCCCAGUGCCCCCUCCUGUUCCAAUCAAGAAGUCCAAGGAGCGCUUAGCCAAUGGGAUGUGCCACCCCUCUCUUGUCCUCUCCUCCCCAACUCAUUCCUAUAUCUCCACCACUACCAACUCUCAUCCCCCCAGCCCUGUCAUCAGCAGCCCCAGUUACAGGGCUCCAGCCCUUCCCAGUAAGGCCUCUAGUACCCCUAUCUCCCCCUCUCCAGCCAGCCCUACUCCAGCCUCCCCUGCCUCCCCCACCACCCCCUCUCUAGAACCAGAGGAACCAGGCACACCCCCGGCCGUGCCCCCUCCUUGGCUGUCUGACCUGCCCGAGUCGGCCUGCCCUCAGGCUCAGAUCCAGGGGGGUAGUGGCAAGAUGACGGUGGCCAGGAAGGUGUCCCAUGUUAAGAUGGCCGUCGAUCUCCACACCGUGCUGGAGCAGAGACUGGAGGCCGAGGGCAUUGACCUCACAGAGGAACCCUACUCAGACAAGCAUGGUCGGUGUGGUAUCCCCCAGCCCCUGGUGCAGCGCUACAGUGAAGACUUGGAGCAGCCAGUGAAAGAUGUGGCCCCCGCCAUAGACCAGGUCCGCCUCAAGCAGCUCCGCAAGCAGCACCGAAUGGCUAUCCCGUUUGGAGGUUUAACAGAGAUGUGCAGGAAGCCUCUCUCCCCGGGUUACGUGAGCACCGUCUCUGAUUGGUUGGUGUCCAUCGGCCUGCCCAUGUACGCCACGUGCCUGGAAGCGGCAGGAUAUGACACGUUGGGGCACGUGUCAUCUCUCACGGAGAGCGGCGUGUGGGAGGCGGGGGUGAGGGACGAGAGACACGCCCGUAGACUGGUCAGCGAGGCCCGUUUGGUCAGCGCACACAGAGAUGCACAGUCAUAACUGUGACAGUGGAACCCAUGCAGGUGAAUCGAGGACAGUUGAACGGCUAUGUCAUGGCUGUGUGCUCAGUUGACACAGUUGAGACUGAAACACAGUUGCAAAUAAAUGCAAAACUGAAUAACUGUGCAAGUGACCACAGCACAGCUUUCAACACCUAUUUUGGCUUUUGACUGGACUGCGGAGUGCGGAUGGCUCGCUGUUGCAGGCCAGCCAACACCUGAGAUUUAUGAGCAGAAAACCUGUUCUUAUUCCCCCAUGUCUUCAUCAAUCUAUUUCUCUCUUUCAGAUGUUUACGGUGAAAUUGUUCCAACUGUCGAGAACAGUUAUCAGAUGCCUUUAAAACUGACUGUAGACUCUCUCUCUCUCGCUCUCUCUCUCCCUCUCUCUCUCUGUGGGACUGUUUCCAUUCUGAAACAUCCUCCCCAGUCUUAUAACUCAAGACUGAGAAGUACUGCCUUGAAUGAAAAAAUAGCACAGUCUCUUUUUUUUUAGGUUUGACUUUUUCAGUGUUUUUCCCUGUGUUUAAUAAGUGCUUAGGUUUCAUCUCUUGUGCGAGACAAAAGCACUGGAGAGUAAUAAGAAUAUGUAGCUUGGCCAAAGCAAUUUCUUUCAAAUCAAACCAAAUCAAACUAUAUUUGUCACAUGCGCCGAAUACAACAAGUGUAGACUUUACCGUGAAAUGCUUACUUACAAGCCCUU